AAAUGCAGAACAGCUCAUGCAUUCCAAGGUAAUGCUACAACCAAAUUUGAUUUUGAUACACCCCCUCACAGAAGUUCUCCUGAAACAAACACCUUCAGCUUAACCCAAUCUUCUCUUUCCCUACUUGUUUACCAUCAUUGUCAUUCCCCUAAGGUCUUGAAAUCUUGGAGAAGUAGCAUGUGUAAAAAAGAAGAUUUCUCAGCCUCGAAGAGGUGGCGGAUGGCUUUCAACGUCAUAUACUUCACAAGGGUUCUAAUUUCCUUGUCCAAGAAAGUUCUUGCGAAGAAUGGCCCUCCCUUGCCCACACUCUCUCACAUUACUAUUGACGCGCAGCCCGUUGAUAAUGGUUCCUCACAUGACAAAUCUGUUUGCUUUCACGAAAUUGAAACCAAAAAGCUCAAUGACAUGGUGAGGAACAAGAACUUUGAGGCCUUCAUUCGUUUUGGAGGAGUAAAAGCACUGGCUGUGGUUCUUGGAAGCGACAUAAAGAAUGGAAUAAGUGGUAGUGAGGCUGAUCUUACUCACAGAAAGAAGGUUUUUGGUGCCAAUAAGUACCAAAAGCCACCUGCUAAAGGCUUUCUCAGUUAUGUCUUUGAAGCAAGCAAGGACACUACUAUUAUUGUACUUUUGGCAUGUGCUAUACUAUCUCUGGCCUUUGGUAUCAAACAACACGGUUGCAAAGAUGGGUGGUAUGAUGGUGGAAGCAUUCUUGUUGCUGUCAUUCUGGUUGUGGCUGUUUCUGCUGUUACCAACUUCAAGCAAUCCAGGCAGUUCGAAAAGCUCUCCGCAAAGGGUAGCGACAUCAAGGUGGAAGUAGUGAGGGAUAGGCGGCGCCAACUAAUAUCAAUAUUUGAAGUUGUGGUUGGUGAUAUUGUACAUUUGAGGACUGGUGAUCAAGUACCAGCAGAUGGUUUGUUCUUAGAAGGGCACUCAUUGAAAGUGGAUGAAUCUAGCAUGACCGGAGAAAGUGACCAUGUAGAAAUUGAUGAAAGGAAUCCAUUUUUGUUAUCAGGCACAAAGGUGAUGGACGGAUUUGGUUUCAUGCUUGUCACUUCUGUAGGUAUGAAUACCAUGUGGGGUGAGAUGAUGAGCUUAAUUAUAUGUGACAUGGAUGAGCAGACCCCAUUGCAAGCACGGCUCAGCAAGCUGACUUCCUUUAUUGGAAAAGCUGGAUUAGCAGUGGCUGUAGUUGUUCUUCUUGUUCUCCUUAUUCGUUACUUCACAGGGAACACCAAAGAUGACUUGGGAAACAAGGAAUUUAAGGGAAGCAGGAUAAAGUUUGGUGACAUGAUGAAUUCAAUUGUGGGUAUUGUUGCUGCAGCAGUCACAAUUUUCGUGGUGGCAAUUCCGGAAGGUCUGCCUCUGGCUGUUACUCUGACUUUGGCUUAUUCUAUGAGUUGUAUGAUGGCAGACCAUGCCUUGGUUCGGAAACUUUCUGCUUGUGAGACAAUGGGCUCGGCCACAACAAUUUGCACAGACAAAACAGGUACCCUUACUUUAAAUGAGAUGAAGGUAACACAAUUCUGGCUUGGUAAAGAAUCAAUGAAUGAAGGUACUUCCUCAGAAAUAGCACUAAAUGUUCUUGAUGUAUUUCAACAAGCAGUUGGUUUAAACACGACAGGUACUAUUUUCAAAUCAGAUUCUGCAGCAUUUGUAGAGAUUUCUGGGAGCCCUACUGAGAAAGCAAUACUUUCUUGGGCUACCUUUUAUUUGGGUAUGAAUAUUGAUGAAAUCAAACAGACUUCUGAGAUAAUCCAUUUCGAGGCCUUCAAUUCAGUGAAAAAGAGAAGUGGGGUUUUGGUGAAGAGGAGGAAGAGAGAUAAGGCUGUGUGCUCCCAUUGGAAGGGAGCGGCUGAGAUGAUACUCGCCAUGUGUUCAAAUUAUUAUGACAAGCUAGGGAUGUUGAAAGCCAUGGAUGAGGAAGAAAGACUGCAGUUUGGUACUAUUAUAAAGAAUAUGGCUGAAAAAAGCCUGCGAUGCAUUGCAUUUGCCUACAAAGAAGUUGCAGAAGAAAGUGGACAGAUUCUUGAGAAGCUCGAAGAAACUGGAUUAACAUUUUUAGGCAUAGUUGGUUUGAAAGACCCAUGUCGGCCAGGAGUUCGGACAGCUGUAGAAUCUUGCAAAGCUGCUGGAGUAAACAUCAAAAUGAUCACAGGUGACAAUGUGCACACAGCAAGAGCUAUAGCUUUCGAGUGUGGGAUUCUCAGUCCUGACAAGGAAUUGGACAAUGAAGCUGUAGUAGAAGGGGAAAUUUUCAGAAAUUACUCACUUGAAGAGAGAAUUGAAAAGAUUGAUAAAAUCAAUGUAAUGGCAAGAUCAUCCCCAUUUGACAAGCUUUUGAUGGUACAGACCUUGAAGAAGAAAGGCCACAUUGUAGCAGUCACAGGUGAUGGCACAAAUGAUGCACCUGCUCUGAGAGAAGCAAAUAUUGGGCUGUCCAUGGGGAUCCAAGGCACUGAAGUGGCAAAGGAGAGCUCAGAUAUUGUCAUUUUGGAUGAUAACUUCGCUACUGUGGUGACAGUUUUGAGGUGGGGAAGGUGUGUAUAUAACAACAUUCAAAAGUUCAUUCAAUUUCAGCUCACUAUCAAUGUUGCUGCCCUUGUCAUCAACUUUGUUGCAGCUGUUUCUUCUGGUAAAGUCCCACUAACUACAGUCCAAUUAUUAUGGGUGAACCUAAUAAUGGAUACAAUGGGAGCUUUAGCCUUGGCCACUGAAAAACCCACCAAUGACAUCAUAGCAAAGCCACCUGUGAGUCAAUCUGAGCCAUUUAUAACCAGAGUCAUGUGGAGGAACCUCCUUUCUCAGGCUUUGUAUCAGGUAAUAGUCUUGUUGGUUAUACAAUUUAAGGGAAGAUACAUCUUUGGUGUGGAUGAGAAAGUGAAGAAAACAUUGAUUUUCAAUACUUUUGUCUUCUGUCAAGUAUUCAAUGAAUUUAAUGCUAGGGAACUAGAAAAGAAGAACAUAUUUAAGGGGCUAUUCAAGAACAGGCUGUUUUUAAUGAUCAUUGGGUGUACCAUAGUUAUUCAACUAGUGAUGGUGGAGUUUCUAAAGAAGUUUGCUAGUACUGAGAGGUUGGAUUGGGGGCAAUGGUGUGCCUGCAUUGGAAUUGCAGCUUUGUCUUGGCCGAUUGGUUGGCUCUUCAAGUGCAUUCCUGUUUCUGGCAAGCAGUUGGCUAAGCAAAGAUGAUCUACUUCUUGAAAGACAAGCAAAUAUAUAUAUAUAUAGCAGUGCAAUAAAAAUGUAUUUUGAGUUUUAGCCAAUAAUUCCAAAUAUCACUUGUAAUUUAAGUAUUUUUAUUUUAGACAAAGUGAAGAUGAAAUAUAGUGCAAAGUAAUGUAAAAUAGAUGGUAUAAGCCUUCUAGAAGCAACAAGACUACUGAAAAGCACGGCUCAAGAAUAAGGGGUGCUAGUAACACUCAUCAAGGCGACGAUGUCAGAAUUGCAUGAAAUUUGGACCACCGAAGGGAAAUAGUCUUAUGAUCAAGACUUGUGACUAUAUCACGAGGUUCACCCUAAUCUUAUCGAUUCCUUUAUUAAGGCCCCAAAACAGUGAUUUUUCCAUUUUUAAUAAUAUAUAUUUUCUUUAAUAACUUUUAAGUUUAAAAGUUAAAAUAAAAUCCUGUCUGUUUUUAGACAUCUCUUAGAUUAGAGACGGUAGUUUCAAAGCCGUCUUAGGUUUUCUUUUUACCAUUUAAAUGCAUUGUAACUUCCAAAGCAAUUCAAUUUUCAGAUUAAUAAAAAUUCAGGCUUUUAUCUAUUGUUUCUCUGGCUUAUGCCAGCUUUGCAAUAUCUCCAUUGUUUUUUUUUUUUUUUUUUUUUCAAAGAGGAAAUCUCCCUUAACUAUAACACUGCGGCAAGGAUAUUAAUAUCAAUUUAG